UGCACGCGAACGUUACGAACAACCAGGGAGAAGAAAACGGUGACGUUUUAAUUGAUUUCUCCCGGUUCUCUAGUUUAUCACGGCUUAUUCGAACAGUCUCUUAUAUUGUUCGCUUUGCGAGUGUGUGUAGAAAGCAAGUUGCCUCAACAAUUUACCUAACUGAUAGCGAGCUGAGAACCGCGUUAAAUAUAGUUAUUAGGGUCUCUCAAGCGGAAUCAUUCUCAGAAUAUAAUAUCCUGUUGAACAGUCAACGUCUUCCAAAAAAAGGUCCUUUGCUAAAACUGAACGUAUUCUUGGAUGACAAGAAAAUAAUGCGCGUAGGAGGUCGAAUCGAUAACUCUAACUUUUCAUUUGAGAAAAGGCAUCCGAUUGUGAUUCAUGCUAAACACCGAUUCACAAAGUUAUUAUUUGAAUCUGAGCACAAGAGGUUAAUGCACGCAGGCCCGCAAUUACUAUUAUCCUCUGUUAAGGAUGAAUACUGGCCCAUCGGUGGGACUAAUUUAGCGAAAGCAUGUUUCCAGAAAUGCCUUAAAUGCAUCCGUAUGAGAGGCCAAGUUGUAGCACCGUUAAUGGGAAAUUUACCAGCGUCGCGUCUUAUCCCAGGUAUGCCAUUCAAGAGCGUCGGUGUCGAUUAUGCGGGCCCUCUGACCUCUGCCAGUCGUCAGGGUCGUGGAUGUAGACUUGUGAAGGUGUAUUUAGCCAUUUUCGUAUGUUUCACCACAAAAGCGGUGCAUCUGGAGUUGGUUGGCGACUUAACCAGUAACAGUUACUUAUCAGCAUUGCGUCGUUUUGUGUCUCGUAGGGGUCUGCCAAUCGACAUUUAUUCUGAUAACGGCACAUCAUUCGUGGGUGCAUACAAUGAGCUGUCAAAAUUCUUAAAGAGCAAUUGUGAUUCGCUGGCUGAGGCUGCAGCUCAUGAAAAAAUUAACUUCCAUUUCAUUCCGGCAUAUUCUCCACAUUCAGGAGGACUUUGGGAAGCUGGGGUGAAAUCGACCAAAUUUCAUUUAAAAAGAGUGCUGGGAGAUUGUAACUUAACGUACGAGUUACUUAACACUGUGCUGGUCCAGAUUGAAGCGAUCUUGAACUCUCGGCCACUUACUCCCAUGUCGUCGGACCCGCAAGACCUGCUGCCGCUCACUCCGGGACAUUUUCUUAUAGGGCGUCCUAUAACCUCAUUGCCUGUCAAGGACAUCAGAGAGCGCGAAGUCACUUACCUUAACCGUUAUCAACGCGUUGAGCAAUUGCGGCAGCAUUUCUGGAGCAGAUGGAGUAAAGAAUACAUCUCGGAGCUCCAGGUCAGGACAAAAUGGCGCACUAACAAUGAGGUGUUACAAUUGGGCACUUUGGUGCUCAUUAAAGAGGACAACUUGCCGCCUUUGAAGUGGAAAUUAGGCCGCAUCGUCGCUGUUUACCCUGGACGCGACGGCAUUACUAGAGUGGCAGAUAUAAGGACUGCGGGAGGACUAGUUCGCAGGUCCUUCAGUAAAAUUUGCCCGCUCCCGGUGACAACAAACGAGUCUGGUUGAAAGGCAAGCUUCCAACGCCCGGGGGCA